UGGAACUCGUCCAAGUCAAGGAGACCUCGAUCUGCCGGUAUAACAACAAUGGCAGUGUUCAGUGCACAGGUGCUUCUGGCAGUAACAAGAUCAAGGGGAUCUUACCUGCUGUCUAAGAGGCACAGCUGCUGCCCUCUCACCUCCACCGCUUACGUCCAUCACAACCUGGACCUUCCCAGCUCCCUGUCGUCCUUACCCUCCCUCAGGCAUUCCAGGUCUGACUACCCUCACUGUGUUCGGCUCCACGGUUUCAAGAACCACAAUACCACCCUGCUGGCCAGAUCUCUGCACAGCUCAUGUGUCUGGCUGCAGGACACCAAGGCCCCUGCCACCCCAGCCCAGGAUGACCACCCAGGGACCCCUAAGAAUGACCCCCCUGCACCCCAACCUCCAGCCCCUGCUCCCCCUGCUGCUACCACUGUUGCGGCUGCAGCUGCCCCUACGGUCCAGGUAGUAAGGAAAUCUAUUGGCCAGAGGAUAGUGGAUGAGCUGAAACACUACUACAACGGCUUCAGGCUGCUGGGGAUCGAUACCAAGAUCGCAGGGAGGAUGGUGUGGAGACUGCUGCACGGACAACUGCUCUCACGCAGGGAGAGGAGACGGCUGAUGAGGACAUGUGCUGACCUGUUCCGCCUGCUGCCCUUCAUGGUCUUCAUCAUCGUUCCCUUCAUGGAGUUCCUGCUUCCUGUCUUCCUCAAGCUCUUCCCUGAGAUGCUGCCCUCCACUUUUGAGACCGAGACCAAGAAGGAAGAGAAGCAGAAGAAGGGUCUGGCUGCUAAGCUGGAGCUGGCUAAAUUCCUCCAGGAGACCAUAGCAGAAAUGGCCAAGAGGAACAAGACCAAGGCUCUGACAGAGGACGAGACGCAGCGCUUCUCCACCUACGUACAGAAGGUGCGUCACACAGGGGAGCAGCCCACCACUAAGGACAUCGUUAAGUUCUCCAAGCUGUUUGAAGACGAAUUGACGCUGGAGCAUCUAGAGCGCCCCCAGCUGGUGGCCCUGUGUAAGCUGCUGGAGCUCCAGCCCAUAGGAACCAAUAACCUGCUCCGCUUCCAGCUGAUGAUGCAGCUGAGAACCAUCAAAGCAGACGAUGAGGUGAUCGCUGCUGAGGGUGUGCCUGCUUUGAGUGUGUCAGAGCUGCAGGCAGCGUGUCGUAGCAGAGGCAUGAGGUCACUGGGUCUGACCACUGACCAGCUACGCCAGCAGAUGCAACAGUGGUUGGACCUGCACUUGAAGGAGAACGUCCCUCCCUCUCUGCUGCUGCUUUCCAGAGCUAUGUACUUGACUGACGUCAAACCCAUUAUACCCGUCAUACCCCCUGUACCCAAACUAGAGAAGGCCACUCUAGCUGAGACCCCACAGGGAACAACAGCCUCCUCCUCAGACUUACUAGUGGACGCAGCUCUGGUCAUCAAAGACAUGCUGGUGGAAGAGGUUAGAGACCCGGCUGCCAUCGUCUCAGACAAACCUCCCACCCCUGCCCAGAUUGUUCAGGCUGAAGAAGCAAAGGCGUCCCAGAAGAGCAAGAUAAGUGUCAACGGAGUGUGAGGAGGACUGAAAGGGCUUGACCGGACCCCACAACCCUGUGUCCUCAGGGUUUAGGGGGGCUAUCAAUCAAGCUAAUCUAAAUCAAGAGGGAUCAGUCAACCCAAUCACCCCUCUGCCCCCCUUAACACCUUCUCCUUAUCCCAAAGACCAGGGGGCGUGAGUCUGUAUCCAAGUCCCCCGUCCUCGCUGUCUAGCCAAUGGGGGAUCGCUGUGUGAUGAAAAGGUCAUAAGAUCAUCACAUGAGAUGAUGUCAUUAGAGCAGACAACGCUUGCCUAAAAUGCCACUUUGCUCCGGAUCAGACCACUCUGGCUACACCUGGAGUGAGGCCGCUGGCAGGUGUUUAAAACGGGACACCCACCUCUGCUUUGUCUGAUUAGUCUCUGGUUCUUCUUGCCUGCAUCUAUUUGGUUUACAUGUUAUGCACUCCAUCCAUUUGGGUUUCACACUCCAUCUCAGCAGGACACUGUUACGUCAACUCAGAGAAGUCCCUCAACUGGGAUUACCUUUUCGUUUUGUUUUAAGGAUCACAGUUACCCAGUGAUGUAACAUAUUAUGUCCUUGAAGAGUAGACGCAUCCUCUCAAGAUGUAUCGUUUGGCCCAGUGUUCUGGUUGGUUGGUUUUGGUGUAACUUCAGUCUGUUUCACUUCCGGUUGCAUGCAGCCUGGUCUCAGAUUUCGGUUAUAUUUUGACCUAGCCUGGUCUCAGAUUCAUUAGGUGCUGAAACUGAAUCCUCUUGACUAGAAACACCACAAA